GCCGGGGUCGAGAGGGCCGCCGCCUCCGCCUCUCGGGGUCCGGGUCCGGGUCCGGGUCCGGGUCCGGGUCCGGGCCGGCGGGAGCUCCGGGCCGGCGGGAGCUCCGAGAGCGGAUGUGCGCGGCCCCGCCUGUCCCUGCGCGCGGUGGCCGGCCCGGCAGCAGGUGGCACUGGGCGCAGCAGUGAGUGACGCCCACCCUGGUGGCGGGAACCUGCCCCCUUUUCCAGCUCUCUGUGGGCUCCCAAGGAGCCAGAAGCGCCGUGGCUUUUUCUAGAAUGUCGCGGAGGCCUCAGACAUUGGCCGCUGGAGAGUUUUUUUGUUUUUUCUUGUUUUUUGUAAGACCAGACCCCAAGCUCGUUUUCAUCAGGCAUCUGUAUCUAGCUAGACUUGAUGAUUUGAUUUCAUCUUAGUUCUCGGAAAUAUUACCUUCCCUUACCACAAACGAUUCUGGUUUCCCAGUUAAAGUAGGAAUGUGAGGUUCACACUUAAAAUGAAUGUAUUUCUUGUUAAAAGGUCCAGUGAUCUUUUGACUGCCACACAUGGACUUCCAAAAAUCUCCAAAGGAAACUGUCCUCAUUACAGGAGGAGGUGGCUAUUUUGGUUUCCGCCUAGGCUGUGCUCUGAACCAGAGAGGAUUCUAUGUGAUUCUGUUUGACAUCAGCAGCCCUGCUCAUGCCAUUCCAGAAGGAAUCAAGUUUAUCCAUGGAGACAUUCGCCACCUCUCCGACGUGGAGAAAGCCUUCCAGGAUGUGGAUGUCACAUGUGUGUACCAUAUUGCCUCUUACGGCAUGUCAGGGCGGGAGCAGCUGAAUCGGAGCCUGAUUGAAGAAGUCAAUGUGGGGGGCACAGACAACAUCCUCCAGGUCUGCAGGAGGAGAGGAGUGCCAAGAUUCGUUUACACCAGCACUUUCAAUGUCAUCUUUGGAGGUCAAGUUAUCAGAAAUGGAGAUGAAUCUCUGCCUUACCUACCUCUUCACCUCCAUCCCGAUCACUACUCUCGGACCAAAUCUAUUGCAGAGAAGAAGGUGCUGGAGGCCGAUGGUACCAGCCUGGUAAGACGUGACGGUGUCUUAAGAACCUGUGCUCUGCGGCCAGCCGGCAUCUACGGGCCUGGAGAACAGAGGCACCUUCCCAGGAUAGUGAGCUACAUCGAGAGGGGUCUGUUCAAGUUUGUGUAUGGGGAUCCUAGGAGCCUGGUUGAAUUUGUCCAUGUGGAUAACUUGGUACAGGCUCACAUUCUGGCCUCAGAGGCUCUGAAAGCUGACAAGGGCCACGUUGCCUCUGGACAGCCCUACUUCGUUUCAGAUGGCAGACCCGUGAACAACUUUGAGUUCUUCCGGCCUUUGGUUGAGGGCCUAGGCUACACAUUCCCGUCUAUCCGCUUGCCACUGACCCUCAUCUACUGCUUUGCUUUCCUAACAGAAAUGGUUCACUUCAUUUUGGGUCGAUUCUACAACUUCCAGCCCUUCCUCACCCGCACAGAAGUUUACAAAACUGGCGUCACACAUUACUUUAGCCUAGAGAAGGCCAAGAAGGAGCUCGGUUAUGAAGCUCAGCCGUUUGACCUCCAGGAAGUAGUAGAAUGGUUUAAAGCCCAUGGUCAUGGCAGAAGUCCUGGGAGUCGUGACUCUGAAUGUCUUGUUUGGGACUGCCUGGUGGUCCUUCUCUUGGCUAUAGCAGUUCUCACAUGGCUGCCUGCUUCUGUGGUUCUGUCACUGUGAGGGAACUCGAAAUAAGGAGCUGAUCACACUUGCUGAGAUGGUUUUCAAGAAAUACGGGUUUAAAUAUCUAUCUAGAUCUAUAUCUAUAUAUAUAUAUAUAUGUAGAUAUCUAGGUAGAUAGAAAUAGAUAUCUGGUAGCAAAUUUUGGCUCUUCAAAUUACUACUUAAGAAUAUUCUUGGAUUAAGUCUUCAUUUCUUACCUUCUUGCACUAAUCCUGCUGGGAGAAAAAAAGAAGCAAAGACAAGUUUGCAGUGUGGUUUCUUGUUUCCUUCUCCUUUACUUGGGUACAGUAGAUGUCAUAUUGGAGCCAUGGAGGCAGACUGAGAAAAUUUGGAAAGGUCUUGAAUUUCUCUGAGCCAAAAUGUACUUAUUUCUGUUCCCUGCACUCUGCAUUCACUGAAAAUAGACUAAAAUGUGCACUGAUAUGGGAAUGGCAAAACACUAACAGGCUUGAAAAUGUGUGAGAAACACCAAAUUGGGUCAGAUCCCUGUAGACCGACCCUCUGAGGAGAUGGUGGCUGUCGAGAGGCAGUAACUCUUCAUUCCUGUAGGAUUUAGGAAUUAGUUUUUGCCCUUUAUGAUAUAAGGGCGGUGCACCUGUGUGACCACAUAGUCAUGUUUGGUUUUGAAACAAACAGAAUUUUGUCUUACCUCAUAGGAUUCUUUUGAGGAUUAGAUCAGACAAGACAUCUAAAGUUCCACUCAACACACACAAGCCAUUGUUUUUUUUUAAUAUCGUUGCUCUUUAUUCCUUAGGAAGGUUUUUUUCCUCGGAAUUCUGUUCAGAGGGUGCUGUUGCCACUAACCUUUCUGGAAUGUCUUUGUGGUAAGCCCUCAGAGUCUUCAACAAGCAGGUUUGAAUAUACUCAGUGUUAAGUUUUGGUCUCUGAGCGUAGAUUGAAGUUUAGGGAACAGCUACAGAUCUGAUUAAGGAAGAUGGUCGAGCUAAUGAUGCCACUUGUAAUUUAAAAAUGAAACAUAACUCUCAACUAAUAAACUGGUUUUCUUUCGGGAAGAAGUUGGGUUUUUGGAAGGCAACUUCCAGUGAAGAAUGUUUUGAACAAUGGUGUUUUUGUCUGCCCCCCUCCCCCCGAGGACUGCCAUGGAAGACAUUCAGGUGUGCUGUCGCACAGGAACCAAAGUGAAAAGACAGAAUCUUUACCCAUUCCAUGAUUCCAGCUUCAGAAAAGACAGUAUUAAAGCAGAAGGCAGAUAGAUUGCUGCCGAAGGUUACAUUAGAGUUGUGUUGAGAUGAUUUGAAGAAAGAGGAAGCUAGAUGAAUAGCCCCUGGUAAAUGCUGCCUGGAUGUUUUGGAAAAAGUGCUCAACUUCGUCCCAGAAGACCUGCAACCAUGAAUGAAGAUACCGUGUGUGGCCUUAAUCCAGUAACUGAAACCUCUUAGUUUCCUUAUUUCAGAAAUAGGAAUGACUUGUAUUUGCCUUUUCUAGAAACCCACCACUCGCCUCACAGGGUUUGUUGUGAGAAUAAAAUAAGAUGUCCUGAAAGUACUUUUAAUAUAUAAAUUACAACAUAAAUAUGA